CAGAGAGACUUGCAACGAUUUACCCCAAAACGGAAGAGCUUCCACACUUUCUGAAGGACAAUAAGACAAGCGGGGACUCUUUUUUUCUGAUCUAUUUUCACAGGGGCUUCUCUUUUUUUCAAGCAUCAGGGACCACUUGAGGUUUCGACAUGAUGCCGUGUGUCAUCUUUUUGCUGUUGAUGCUUUGGAGCUGUGAAGGAGCAAGACUGGCAGAGAGGCGGGACGAUAACAGCGUGUUUGAUUUAUUUGAUCUGGCUCGGGUAAACAAGAGACACAACGGAGUGAGCUUGGUCAAAGGUGCAGAUCCCUACAGCCCUGCAUACAAGGUGCUCAACGCAGACCUGAUCCCCGCACUCCCCGAAACACACCUCAGGGACCUCCUCGACUCCAUCCAGGCUGAGAGGGGCUUCCUCCUCCUGGUCAACCUGAAGCAGUUCAAGAAAACCAGGGGCAGCAUUUUGACCAUCGAGAAGAACGACGGAUCCGGACCCGUUUUCGAGAUCAUCUCCAACGGGAAGGCGAACACUCUGGACGUGGUCUACUCCACCAUGAACCAGCAGCAGGUCGUGUCCAUCGAGGAUGCUGAUUUGGCCACUGGACACUGGAAGAACAUCACGCUGUUCGUCCAGGAUGACCGAGUGCAGCUUUUUGUCGGCUGUGAGGAGAUCAAUGUUUCAGAGAUGGAUUUGCCAAUCUCCAAAGUGCUGUCCCAGGAGGUGGCAGACAUUGCCCGGCUCAGGAUUGGAAAGGGAGCUGUAAGAGACAAAUUCAUGGGAGUGCUUCAGAAUGUGCGCUUUGUCUUUGGCACCACGCUUGAUGCUAUACUAAGAAAUAAGGGAUGCCAGACUGGAGCCACCUUAACUGAUGUCAUGACCCUGCAGAAUCCAGUCAAUGGCUCCAGCCCGGCCAUUAGGACUGAUUACAACGGCCACAAAGCCAAAGAUCUGCCGUCUGUUUGCGGUUUCUCUUGCGAGGACAUCGCCGGCAUGUUUAAGGAGCUGAAGGGACUCGGCGUUGUCGUUAAACAGCUGUCGACUGAGCUCCGCAGAGUGUCUGAGGACAGCACACUGUUGAAAAGGCAAAUGAACAUCCACAGUGGAAUUUGCAUCCACAACGGCAUUGUGCACAAGGACAAAGAUGAAUGGACCGUGGAUAGCUGCACCGAGUGCACCUGCCAGAACUCUGCUACCGUGUGUCGUAAAAUCUCCUGCCCUCUGAUCUCGUGUGCUAACGCCACCAUGCCAGAUGGAGAGUGCUGCCCUCGCUGUGAAAGACACUACGUAGAGGAUGGUUGGUCCCCCUGGUCUGACUGGACCCAUUGUUCGGUGACUUGUGGACGGGGCAUCCAGCAGCGUGGACGCUCCUGUGACCGCAUCAACAGCAACUGUGAGGGCACCUCUGUCCAGACCCGUGACUGCUACCCCCAGGAAUGUGACAAACGUUUCAAACAGGACGGCGGUUGGAGCCACUGGUCUCCCUGGUCAUCGUGCUCUGUGACCUGCGGCGAGGGUGACAUCACCCGGAUACGCCUCUGCAACUCCCCCACGCCGCAGAUGGGCGGCAUGGACUGCCAGGGAGGAGGACGACAAACGGAAAUCUGCCAAAUGUCACCCUGUCCUAUCAACGGAGGUUGGGGACCGUGGUCACCGUGGGACACCUGCUCCGUUACUUGUGGGGGCGGAGUCCAAACCCGCAAACACCUCUGCUCCGAACCUGUCCCCAAAUAUGGAGGAAAGGAUUGCGUUGGUGAUGCUUCUGUGUCUCAAGUGUGCAGCAAACAGGACUGCCCUAUUGACGGUUGUCUGUCCAGCCCAUGCUUCCGGGGAGCAAGGUGCAGCAGCUUCCCCGACGGCUCUUUCAGGUGCGGCAGGUGUCCACUGGGCUUCUCUGGGAACGGCGUUGCCUGCAAAGACAUUGAUGAAUGUAAAGAGGUCCCCGACGCGUGCCACACACAUAACGGAGUCCAUCGCUGCGAGAACACUGAGCCCGGUUACAACUGUCUGCCCUGCCCUGCACGUUUCUCCGGAGCUCAACCCUUUGGAAGAGGAGUGGCGCAGGCGACUGCUAAGAAACAGGUUUGCAAACCACGUAACCCUUGCCAAGAUGGGAGCCACGACUGCCAUAGGAAUUCAAACUGCAUCUACUUGGGCGUCUUCUCCGAGUCCAUGUUCCGCUGCGAGUGCAAACCAGGGUAUGCUGGGAAUGGCCAUAUUUGCGGAGAGGACAGUGACCUGGACGGAUGGCCCAACACUAACCUGCAUUGUGUGGAGAACGCCACCUACCACUGCAAGAAGGAUAACUGCCCCAACCUUCCCAACUCUGGCCAGGAAGAUCAUGACAAAGAUGGCCUGGGUGAUGAAUGUGACAAAGAUGAUGACAAUGAUAGGAUCCCCGAUGAUAGGGAUAACUGCCCAAGAGUGUACAACCCUGCCCAGUAUGACUCGGACAGAGAUGACGUUGGCGACAGCUGCGACAACUGUGUGUUCGAGGACAACACCGACCAAACGGACACUGACAACAAUGGCGAGGGGGAUGCCUGUGCUGUUGACAUUGAUGGUGAUGGCAUUCUGAACGAGAACGACAACUGCCCUUAUGUUUACAACGUGGACCAGAGAGACACCGACAGGGACAGGGUGGGAGAUCAUUGUGACAACUGCCCCCUGGAGCACAACCCCGAUCAGUUUGACUCUGACUCGGAUCUCAUCGGAGACAAGUGCGACAACAACCAGGACAUUGACGAGGACGGCCACCAGAACAACUUGGACAACUGCCCCUACAUACCCAACGCCAACCAGGUAGACCACGACAAGGAUGGCAAGGGUGACGCGUGCGACCAUGACGACGACAACGACGGCAUUCCCGAUGAGAAGGACAACUGCAGGCUGGCGUUUAACCCAGAUCAGCUGGACUCUGAUGGCAAUGGCCGUGGUGACGUGUGCAAAGACGAUUUUGACCAAGACAGUAUUCUGGAUAUCUAUGACGUGUGCCCGGAGAACUUUGACAUCAGUGAAACAGACUUCCGCAGAUUCCAAAUGGUUCCCCUGGACCCCACGGGCACCUCCCAGAUUGACCCCAACUGGGUGGUCCGGCAUCAGGGCAAGGAGUUGGUGCAGACUGUCAACGGCGAUCCUGGCAUUGCUGUUGGUUCCGAUGAGUUCAGCGCGGUGGAUUUCAGCGGAACGUUCUUCGUCAACACGGACAGAGAUGACGACUACGCUGGUUUCGUGUUUGGCUACCAGUCCAGCUCACGCUUCUACACAGUGAUGUGGAAACAGAUCACACAGACCUACUGGUCCCACACACCCACAAGAGCUCAGGGCUACUCGGGCCUGUCAAUUAAAGUGGUCAACUCCACCACUGGACCCGGCGAGCAUUUGAGGAACGCCCUGUGGCACACCGGAGACACCGCAGGACAGGUUCGCACUCUGUGGCACGACCCCAAGAACAUUGGCUGGAAGGACUUCACUGCCUACAGAUGGCAUCUGACCCACAGACCCAAGACUGGACUGAUCAGAGUGGUCAUGUAUGAAGGCAAGAGAAUCAUGGCUGAUACUGGAAACAUCUUUGACAAGACGUACGCUGGCGGGCGGCUAGGCUUGUACGUCUUCUCUCAGGAGAUGGUUUACUUCUCAGAUCUCAAAUACGAAUGUAGAGAUACAUAAUCUGACCUGAGAGCCUUAUCGCAGAAUGCCCGUCAGUAUGAAUAUAUAAGAUAAGACCUGGAUAGAUAUCUUUUUAACAUUUUUCUUUGUGAACUUUGAGCACAUUGGAGGAAUGACGAGUAAGGGAGUCAAAUUGAGGUCAACUGACCUCAGGACAUUAAGCCAGAUGAAAGUUCAUCGAUGAUUCUGCACCAAACUCAAAUUGUGAGCGCGGCUCGGCACAGAAGAAAUUCUCCCUCUCACUUUUUUGCUCUGAUCUGCAUUGAAGGGAGAGCCCACAAUUUACUGCUUUGCACACCUGAACCGUUGGCGGUAUUCUUCUGUGGACGAGGGACCAAAGGGAAGAGUGGUCCACGUUUUUAAAUAACAUUUUUGAGCAUUAAUAGACAUCUGCUGUGGACUGGUCAGUAUGAAGAAAGCAGUAGGAGAACUUUCGGAGGCUGGGGGUGAAUACACCCCAUGAAGGACCUGUUGAGGGACCAUGGACAGUAUGGACUAAAGAGAGUGAAUGUGUGCCGCCCAACAAGCAUAGUUAUGAAGACAACGGCAUCCUUAUUUUUCAUUUUGAUUUAUUUUAACGACCCCGCCCCAACACAGACCUGUACAAGCUCGGUCUUGUAUUUAGCCAUGGCUUAGGGCUGGCCCAAAAAAAUCUUCUCAGGAAAGAGCAAUAGAAGAAACGAGGAAAGGACACAAGUCAGGACAGCACAGGACCUCGAAGCAGGUGCACUUAAUACUGCUUUGGAACAGUAAUUAUUAGCAAAUAUUAUGUUCAUACCUCUAAUCUUUAUUGAAUGCGUCAAGAGACGUAAACAGCGAGGGGGUCAGUCUAUUUGGCUUCUAUAUGGAUGUUUGUAUGGACGUAGGCUGCAAGUCUCCCUCAUCUCUGCAUCGUGAAAUAUUGGCCCUAACCUAUUCCAAUUUCCUGAAAUCAAUAUGCGCUUAUGACUAGAGUCAAAGUGAAAGAUCAUUAUCCCUAAAUAUCCACAAUGUGCAUGACUGGUGUGCCUGAGCUUUUGUGUAUAGGUCUACAUUUCUGACAAGGGAAAAUCAAAGGAAACCCUUCAUGUACAAAUAUUACCUCAUUAAUUAUUGUUGUAUUGAGGCCAGCAAUGCACAAGAAUCACAUGCCUUAGCAUCACAGUAUGAAUUGUUUGGCUUUUUUUUUUUUUUAAGCAAGACUUUAGUAACAUUUUUAUGGUGUAUAUAAGAUAUUUUUGUAAAAGCCCAAACAGGACCGUAAAGGAUGAAAGAAAUGUUAUCUGGACUAUGUUGUGCUAUAUAUAUUUCCUGUGCAUUUGUUUUGAUAAAUUAUUCUGUUUGUUUUAUGUUGAGGUUAUUUCAUUUGUGUAGAUAUAUGCUAUUUAAAUAAUUUAUCUAGAAGCGUAGCCUCAUAUGGAAGCGUUUCUGUCUGUAUAAACUUAUUUGCACACUGACAUGAGGAUGUCUUUGGUAUUUUGGUUUUUGUAUGUUUUUUUUUAAUUAUUACUGAAGCUUUUCUAUAAACUUUGUACUAUAGUUUCUACCCAAAGUGCUGUUUAUAUUCUGAUAUUUUGUAAUGUCAAGUGAACAAUAAACACUUUAAAAAAGUA